AUGUGGAUGAUUUAUUGUCCUUCCCUCUUGCGCUGCGGUUGAUUUUUGCCUCUUGUCAGAGAGCUCUCAGCUGCUAACACAAACAAUGCUGGAAUUCCACCUGCCCACCUGCGGCCCCUCCUUCCCACCGCUUCCUCGGGCCCUCAUCUUCCUCCGGGAGUGCCGCACACCGGGAAGCGGCAGCCGCUUUCUUAGAGAGAGGAGGAGGAAGGCGAGGGAGGGGCCGGGCCGUGUCUGGGCGCAUUGUUCCGCGCUCUUCUGCCAAGAAGUAGGUGACGAUGAACUCAGCCCCUCGCAGAAAGUUUGCUCCCUCCCCUGCCUGCCCCCCGCCGUGCCCUCCCCUCUCCUCCCCUCCCGGCGCUGGCCCCGGGCUCCCCGCUCCUGCUUAACAUUCCGCCCGCUCCGCCGGUGUUGUGCUUGGCUCCGGCGGGGCUGCACCGCUCGGCGUGAGGCCGCGGCCAAUUCUCUGUCUUAGUCUCGCAGUGUUUUGACUGGAGGCAGAUCCACUUCAGUCCGAUCGGGGCUAGUGGAAACAACUACCUAAGUCUCUGCUGUCUUGUUCCGUUUGGGAGGGAAGAAAGAAGAAAGAAACGCGAUCCCCAACUGCUGGGCGCGCUCGCUCUCACACACACACACAUACACACACCCGCACGGCAGACACGCACACACACAGACUCGCACGCCCGUCGGUGCCGAGCGCGCCGUGCCAGCACCGCCGGGGGAGAAUGGGAAGCGAGUGAGCGGAUCCGUGCCGGUGUGUGAGCGCCGGGGCCGGGGCGGCGGGACCGGGGCCGGGAGCGGGGAGCGCGCAGCAACUCCCGAGGACCCCGCGCCCUUUGUGGGAGAGUGCGCCGGUCCUUUCCCUGCCGUACGAAGGGAAGCAAGAUGAACGCGUGCCGAUGCGGGGUGCCGGCGCCCGCGAUGACCCUGGUGCUGCCCAUGCAGCGGCUGGGCCGCCCCAUCGCCGCCGAGGGAGCCGCCGACCUCGCCGCUUACCGCGCCCUCUGGGAGCCGCCCUGCUGCGGCCGCCCCGGCCCCGCCGCCGCCCCGCCGGCCGCCGGCUCCCCCGCCGCAGGAUCGCAUUACAGGGGAAUUUCAAAUCCUGUAACAACAUCCAAGAUCACAUACUUUAAAAGGAAAUAUGUGGAAGAAGAGGAUUUUCAUCCGCCACUCAGCAGCUGCGCACAUAAAACCAUCUCCGUGUUUGAGGAGCGGGCCCAUAUUCUUUACAUGUCUUUGGAAAAGCUGAAAUUCAUCGAUGAUCCUGAAGUCUACCUGCGGAGAUCUGUCCUCAUCAACAACCUGAUGAAGAGAAUCCACGGGGAAAUCAUCAUGCAGAACAACUGGUGCUUCUCUGCCUGCUCCUUCAGUGGCACCUCACCACAAGAGUGGUUUGUGCCUCAGGACUGCCCGUACAGAAAACGCCUUCGGAUGGCAAAGGAGGAGUACGAGAAGCUCCACAUGUGCUGCUUCUAUCAAGAGUGUGGCAGUCACUAUUUAAAUCUACCCUACUCUGUUAAUGCUAGUACAGAAAAUACUUCCUCUUCUUCCUCCUCCUCCCUCCCCAUUUCUUUGCCAAGCUGUUCCCAGCAGGUGGAUUAUGACAUUGGCAGUGCCUUUUCUUACAGGAGUGAUGAUCAGAUACCUGCAAAUGAAAUAUUCAUCACUAGUGCCAGGUCUCACAGUCACCAGGAAAAGGCAAAAUUGAAUGAUGAAAAAGGAGGUAAUGAACCUGAGCGGGACAGCGCCGCCCUAAACUGUGAACCUCUAAGAGGCACCCAGGCUCUCGAAUGUAAAGGCAAAUUUUAUGACUAUUUUGAGACUGGAUGUAAUGACAAGAGCAACAUCAGCGAGUCUUGGAAAAAAUCCUUAAGGAAAAAGGAUUCCUUACCAAGUAAUAAAAUGUGCUGCAGCAAAGGAAGUAAAAUCUGAGGCAUCUUGCCCUGCAGAAGCAUGCGCAGCAUGUUUGUUUGUCUCUCAAAUUCUUAUUUUGAAUGGAUUUUUUUAUAGUUUUCUACAAAUGGUACAAUCGCGCCCCAAACGUUACAUGUAGUUUUCAAUGACUGGAGAGCAGAUUGUGUGAGGCGUCUCAAUCAGAUGCAUCAGUGGGCUAUUUAUAAGUGUGGAGACUUCAUACAGAACGCAGUUGCGUUCCUGCUUAGCACCGUGGUCUGUACAGCUCUGGUGUAGCUUUCAUUGCUGAAAAUGCCAAUCAGCCAGAUGGGGAAAACAUAUCGUUUUCUAUCUCCCUGCCCCCAAGAAGUCUGCCAUUAAUUAAGAAGAAUCUCCAUUAUGUUUACCAAGGAAUUAGAAGUCUGGUAAACAAAUUGAUGCUACCAGCAAGGGUGAUGUGCUCCUUGUAACUCAGUAUUUGUUCUGACAAAGGACUGUCUUGAUGGACUAGGAAUAAACCAUCCUUACAUUUUGUACUGA